AUGGUCUCCACUCCUCACCCAGCUCAUAAACCUGGGGCCUCUCUUGGGACAGUCAGACUUGUGCAGUCCUACCCAACAAACAGAUGGGCUAACUUCCACAUGGAAGGAGUGUUGUACAGGCGAAUGCUGGAACGAGGAUGCCCUCAAGGGUCCCAGCUUGGCCCGACACUUUGGAAGGUUGCAAUCUCACCGAUCACAGUUAUCAGCACUGACAGUUCGAAGAUCUUAACGUAUGCCGACGACAUACUGUUAAUGGUAGGGGCAGCCAGGCCGAAGACAGCCUUCACUCGCAUAGAAAAGAAGCUGGACAAAUUCAUUGAAUGGGCAACAGAAUACGCACUGGAGUUCUCUGCUGGGAAGACACAGCUUCUCUCCCCCAAAGGCGGACUGAAGCCAGGCUACAGUAUCGCUUUCGGUACAGCUGCUGAUGCGCCUAGGAUAGAGUCAUCUCCUACGGCCAAAUACCUUGGUGUUGUGCUUGACCCAAGACGCAGUUAUUGGGAUCACGUCUUGGCCAUCUGUAAAAAAUCGGACGAUAUGUACAGCCGUCUCAGAGCCCUGUAUUCAGCAAACUGGGGCAUGGGCCAAUCUGCCGCCAGUAUUAUAUACAAGGGCGUCUUCCUGCCUAGAGUUGCGUACGCAGCGGAGAUCUGGGCCGAAGGAUCGAAAUUACGCAAAAGUCGGGUUAAACAACUCAGCGCACAAAGGAAACCAUUGCUUGCGAUCACUGGCGCGUACAAAACGUCCUCAACGAAUUGCCUGGCAGCAGUGGCAGGUACUCUCCCUCUAGAUCUUGAGAUUAGGCACCAAGCGGCCUUGAGAGACCUGGCCCGGGAGAAAAUAUCGAAUGAUGAAAUGGACACGAUAACAGACGAGUUGGUAAACGAGUUGCAAGAAAGGUACACAAGUACGAACAAAGGUAGCUGGACGCAGAAAAUGAUCCCGUCCGUAAGACAGCGAUACCACCUGCCUCUUGUCUUGGACCACUAUACAACUCAGUUCCUCACCGGUCAUGGGGACUUCAAAGCUAAACUCCACAGUUUAGCUUUGAUAGAUUACCCGAUCUGUGCCUGUGACCGUAAGCCGGAGACGGUAAACCAUGUCCUUAGGUUCUGCCCAAGGACAGCAGCAGCUAGACUCAAACUCAAAAGAAUAAUGAGAGAAGAAGGAGAAGCGUGGCCUCCAGCAAACGGAGCCUUCCUCAAGUCUCGAAGAACGUUCUCAGCACUAAAGUCCUUCGCGAGAGAAGCACUGACAAACAGGGAUGACAGAUAG